AUGCAGUUCGUCUGGGCCAUUGCUCAAUUCGCUGAGGCUGUCAAUGCUUUCCCAAUUGACAGCAGUGAAAUACGAAAGUCCUUAUACUGUCUCUUCGAAUUUUCUCCGAGCACAAAAGUAACUGCACCAUUGAUCAUUGUUGAUGGUGGAUGUAACAAGUUAGGUUUUCGAGUCUAUAGUACUGACUAUCGAGCAGACCUAGCUGGAAAAAUCGCCAUCACUGCCCGUGAAACUUGCAAUUAUGGAAUCAAAUUAGCACUUGCUGGCUCUGUAGGCGACUCCGGAACUAUCUUGUACAAUAUCAAUGAUGAGGGCCCUAUGAAGGAAACGCUUCUUCCCCCCUCCCACCCACCCACACUCACACGAUUUCAUGGUCCUUACAUCCCCACGCUCAAUAUUAUCAAGAGUGUUUUUGAACCUAUUGUUGCAGCUCUCAGGUGCAGGGAGAAUGUCAUUGCCAGUUUUGAUAUGUUGACAGACAUUCGCAAUCUCAUUCUCGGUGCUCAUACCGAUUUUGUUAUUGCUGGUUCGGGUAUCAACGACGACGGCAGUGGCCUCGCUGCUCUCUUUGAAGUCGCAAGAGCACUUUCAAGAUUUACAAUCAACAAUGCUGUAAUCUUUGCGUUCUGGACUGCCGAAGAACUAUACCAGCAUCCGGGUUUGUCGAAAUUUCUCCAAAUACUUUCCGUAGCAGAGAAAGCGACGAUUCGUGCUUAUUUGAACUUUGAUAUGGACCAAAAUCGCAUCAAACUCUCAUCCUUUCAUGUUAUAUCUGGGUUGUUUCACCCAACUACGUCAAUGCUAUCUUCGACGGCGACGGCUGCGGGCCAGAAUUAUACCACAGCUCAAUUUAACGGCCGCUUUGAUUUAUAA